AUGACCGAACAGCGCAGGAAGACCGAACAGCGCAGGAAGACCGAACAGCGCAGGAAGACCAACCUCACCAACACCACCCCUUUCGCAAGAAGCAGGACACCAGCGACGUCUACAAUCUCGAGGAAUAGGGCGAUGUUCACCAAGGUGGAGGCGUUCGACUUGUAUACCUCCACACCUCCACUGUGUUACAGCGCUACUCCACACUGGCAGCGGACCCCACUGCCGAGCCCUGCCCCCGUCAAGCCACGACUGGCAGGCCGCAGACAUCAACAAACUUCAGCGAACAGCUCAAACUACCAGUUCAGGAGCUCAGCGAAACAUCCCCGCCCUCCACGGUGGCUCCACCAACUCUCGCCUUUACGGAAUUAUUAUGCAUUACAAACUCCUGCAAUGGUGGUGAUGGUGGCGAAAGAGCAGGAGAAAGAUCUGAGGGUCCAGAGACAAGACCCCCAGAGACAAGACCCCCAGAGACAAGACCCCCAGAGACAAGACCCCCAGAGACAAGACUCCCAGAGACAAGACUCCCAGAGACAAGACUCCCAGAGACAAGACCCCCAGAGACAAGACCCCCAGAGACAAGACCCCCAGAGGCAAGACCCCAGAGACGAGACCCCCAGAGACAAGACCCCCAGAGACAAGACCCCCAGAGACAAGACCCCCAGAGACAAGACUCCCAGAGACAAGACCCCCAGAGACAAGACCCCCAGAGACAAGACCCCCAGAGACAAGACUCCCAGAGCCAAGACCCCCAGAGACAAGACCCCCAGAGACAAGACCCCCAGAGACAAGACCCCCAGAGACAAGACCCCAGAGACAAGACCCCCAGAGACAAGACCCUCAGAGAGAAUAAAAACCCAGAGAGAAGACCCAAGACAAGACCCCCAGAGACAAGACUCCCAAGAGACAAGACCCAAGAGACAAGACCCAAGAGACAAGACCCCCAGAGACAAGACCCCCAGAGACAAGGCCCCCAGAGACAAGACCCCAGAGACAAGACCCAAGAGACAAGACCCAAGAGACAAGACCCCCAGAGACAAGACCCCCAGAGACAAGACCCCCAGAGACAAGACCCCCAGAGACAAGACCCCCAGAGACAAGACCCCAGAGACAAGACCCAAGAGACAAGACCCCCUGCAGAGACAAGACCCCCAGAGACAAGACCCCCAGAGACAAGACCCCCCAGAGACAAGACCCCCAGAGACAAGACCCCCAGAGACAAGACCCAAGAGACAAGACCCAAGAGACAAGACCCCCUGCAGAGACAAGACCCGAGAGACAAGAAAAUCAUCUUAG